UCGUCGUAGUUCGGUGUGGCAGAGAAGAAACCUGUUGGUAAUAAUUUACAAAUUUCAAACUUUUUUCCCAUUUGGAAGGAAAAAAUUAAUAAAAAAAUUUACACUAGAUAAACGGAUUGUUACAAAUUAAUUAAUUUUUAAUUUAAGCAUUCCAUUAAUAACUAAAGAGUUAGAAGUAAAAGAAACAAAAUGUCCAACUUGAAGAGAUUCGACGACGUUGAGGAAGAAUCCAAAUAUGGUCGCGUAUUUGCCGUAUCAGGUCCUGUCGUCACUGCCGAGUGCAUGGCUGGCUCGGCUAUGUACGAGUUGGUACGUGUAGGCUACUAUGAAUUGGUGGGUGAAAUUAUCCGUUUGGAAGGUGAUAUGGCCACCAUUCAAGUAUACGAAGAAACCUCUGGCGUAACCGUGGGCGAUCCCGUCUUGCGUACUGGCAAACCCUUGUCCGUUGAAUUGGGUCCCGGUAUUAUGGGCAGCAUCUUUGACGGUAUCCAACGUCCCUUGAAAGACAUCAACGAAUUAACCAACUCUAUUUACAUUCCUAAGGGUGUCAAUGUACCCUGUCUGUCUCGCACCGCCUCUUGGGAAUUCAAUCCCUUGAACGUUAAAGUCGGCUCCCACAUUACCGGAGGUGACUUGUACGGUUUGGUCCAUGAAAACACCUUGGUUAAGCACAAAAUGAUUGUUGGUCCCCGUGCCAAGGGUACCGUCCGUUACAUUGCCCCCGCUGGCAACUACAAUGUCGAAGAUGUUGUCUUGGAAACUGAAUUCGAUGGUGAAAUCACCAAGCACACUAUGUUGCAAGUGUGGCCCGUACGUCAACCCCGUCCCGUAACUGAAAAAUUACCCGCCAAUCACCCCUUGUUGACUGGUCAACGUGUCUUGGAUUCUUUGUUCCCCUGUGUACAAGGUGGUACCACUGCUGUGCCUGGUGCUUUCGGUUGUGGCAAAACUGUCAUCUCACAAGCCUUGUCCAAAUACUCCAACUCUGAUAUCAUUAUCUAUGUCGGUUGCGGUGAACGUGGUAACGAAAUGUCUGAAGUAUUGAGAGAUUUCCCCGAAUUGUCUGUUGAAAUCGAUGGUGUCACUGAAUCCAUCAUGAAACGUACCGCCUUGGUUGCCAAUACCUCUAACAUGCCUGUCGCUGCUCGUGAAGCUUCCAUUUAUACCGGUAUUACCUUGUCUGAAUACUUCCGUGAUAUGGGUUACAACGUAUCUAUGAUGGCUGAUUCUACCUCCCGUUGGGCCGAAGCUCUUCGUGAAAUUUCUGGUCGUUUGGCUGAAAUGCCUGCCGAUUCCGGUUACCCAGCCUACUUGGGUGCCCGUUUGGCCUCCUUCUACGAACGUGCUGGUCGUGUCAAGUGUUUGGGUAACCCUGAACGUGAAGGUUCCGUUUCCAUUGUCGGUGCUGUAUCUCCUCCUGGUGGUGAUUUCUCUGAUCCCGUUACUUCUGCCACUUUGGGUAUCGUACAAGUGUUCUGGGGUUUGGACAAGAAAUUGGCCCAACGUAAACAUUUCCCCUCCAUCAAUUGGUUGAUUUCCUACUCCAAAUACAUGCGUGCUUUGGAUGAUUUCUAUGACAAGAACUUCCCCGAAUUCGUGCCAUUGCGUACCAAGGUCAAGGAAAUCUUGCAAGAAGAAGAAGAUUUGUCCGAAAUUGUACAAUUGGUCGGUAAGGCUUCAUUGGCCGAAACUGACAAGAUCACUUUGGAAGUCGCCAAAUUGCUUAAGGACGAUUUCUUGCAACAGAACUCCUACUCAUCAUACGACAGAUUCUGCCCCUUCUACAAGAGUGUGGGUAUGUUGAAGAACAUCAUUGCCUUCUACGACUUGGCUCGUCACUCCGUCGAAUCCACCGCUCAAUCUGAAAACAAAAUCACCUGGAAUGUCAUCCGUGAAGCUAUGGGUAACAUUAUGUACCAAUUGUCUUCCAUGAAAUUCAAGGAUCCCGUUAAGGACGGUGAAGCCAAGAUCAAGGCUGACUUUGAACAAUUACACGAAGAUUUACAACAGGCUUUCAGAAAUUUGGAAGAUUAGAUUUAUUGUUUUAAUUUGUUUUUAAUUAUUUCGUUCGUUUGUUUGUUUGAAACACUUCAUCCUCAGUAUUUCAAAAUUGUUUUAACAUUAAAAUGCAACAACAGUCACUGUUAAACUUUGCUACAAAGAAAAAAGACCACCUUCCCCUUAUUGUUUACUUAAUAUUAAAUUAAAAGUUGUUAAUUAAAGAAAAAACGCGAGAUAAAUAUCGUCCAGGCAUCGUUGUCAUUGUUACAAUUCCUUCUGAUUUUUUCUCUUAAGGAGUAGAUGCCAAUUAUUCCACUUAA